CUUGGCCGCUGCGGACGUGGAUCUUGAAAGCGAUCACCCACCCUUUUCUCUCAGCGUGCGUCGUGUGUGUGUGUGUGUGUGUGUGUGCAAGUGUAGGUGAAACAAAAUCAAGACGAUACAAGACGAGAGUGAAUGUGAAUGUGAACGUGAAACGUGUCGCGCAUGCGUCGUUGUUGUUCGUCUUCACCGUUAUUACAAUUUAGUACCUAGCGUAAUAAAAAGCGAAUUUCCAAGUUAAAAGAUGAGCAAACAUUGAGAGAUAAAAUAUAAAAACAAAAAUACAGUGAGAAAAACGAGUGAGACACAAGUCCAGAGGAAUCUCCAAGCCAUGUGGCGUGUGAUAAUAAGAAGAAUAAUGCAAAAUUGAUGCCCGCCUUUCACCCUCUACACGCCCGUGUUAUACAUAAGUUUACUUUGUUGUAAUUAAUUAUACAAAUCAACAGCCACGAAACGAAUUUGUUCGCAAAACAAUAGCAACAAUAAUCAGAAAAUCCAAAACCAACAACAAAAAUAAAGCAACCUAACAUAAAAUAGUUGGCAAUCAAUAUGAGUGUUACACGCGCGCCCCAACAGAGGGCAGCAGCAGCCAAGACAAAGUCACCAGCAUCGCAUAAACAAAAUCAAUUCCAUCACACCUGGAGAUAUCGAAUACCACCACUUGGAUUCCGAUGGCCCGGGGCAGCAGCCACAUCAGCCCCUUGCUGGGCUCUCCUAUUGUUACUGAUUAGUCUGGCUCUGAAUCUGGGCUUCGUUCAUUGUUAUGAAAAAAUGUACAGUCAGACUGAAAAACAGCGAUACGAUGGCUGGUAUAAUAAUUUAGCGCAUCCCGACUGGGGUUCAGUUGACAGCCAUCUGGUGCGCAAGGCCCCGCCCUCUUAUUCGGAUGGGGUGUAUGCGAUGGCGGGAGCCAACCGACCAUCGACGAGGCGACUUAGUCGACUUUUUAUGCGUGGCCGUGAUGGAUUGGGCUCAAAGUUCAAUAGGACUGCUUUGCUGGCAUUUUUUGGUCAACUGGUGGCCAAUGAGAUCGUGAUGGCAUCAGAGUCCGGUUGCCCCAUCGAAAUGCAUCGCAUUGAGAUUGAGAAAUGUGAUGAGAUGUACGAUCGAGAGUGUCGGGGAGACAAGUAUAUACCCUUUCAUAGAGCAGCUUAUGAUCGGAGUACGGGACAGAGUCCGAAUGCUCCUAGAGAACAGAUAAAUCAAAUGACUGCUUGGAUUGAUGGCAGUUUCAUUUACAGCACCUCAGAAGCCUGGCUCAAUGCCAUGCGAUCCUUUCACAAUGGCACACUAAAAACCGAAAAGGAUGGCAAAUUACCAGUGAGGAAUACGAUGCGAGUGCCGCUAUUCAAUAAUCCAGUGCCGAAUGUAAUGAAAAUGCUCAGUCCAGAACGUUUGUUUCUCCUUGGUGAUCCACGGACGAAUCAAAAUCCGGCAAUUCUUUCAUUUGCAAUUCUCUUUUUGCGUUGGCAUAAUACUCUUGCCCAGCGUAUUAAGCGAGAGAGUCCGGAUUGGAGUGAUGAGGAUAUUUAUCAGCGUGCCCGACACAAAGUCAUUGCAAGUCUCCAGAAUGUGAUUGUUUAUGAAUAUUUACCGGCUUUUCUUGGUUCCGCUUUGCCACCCUAUGAUGGCUACAAGCAGGAUAUUCAUCCGGGCAUUGGACAUAUAUUUCAAGCGGCUGCUUUCCGGUUCGGUCACACCAUGAUCCCGCCGGGCAUCUAUCGCCGCGAUGGACAAUGCAAUUUUAAGCAAACUCCAAUGGGCUAUCCGGCCAUUCGUCUGUGUUCCACCUGGUGGGAUUCAAGCGGAUUCUUCACUGAUACCAGCGUGGAGGAGGUCCUCAUGGGUUUGGCCUCGCAAAUCUCUGAACGUGAAGAUCCCGUUUUGUGCUCAGAUGUUCGCGAUAAACUCUUUGGCCCCAUGGAGUUUACACGCCGCGAUUUGGGUGCCUUGAAUAUUAUGCGAGGACGGGAUAAUGGCUUACCCGAUUACAAUACAGCUAGAGAAUCUUAUGGGCUGAAACGUCAUAAGACUUGGACAGACAUAAAUCCGCCUUUGUUUGAGGCUCAACCAGAACUAUUGGACAUGCUCAAGGGAGCCUACAACAAUCAACUGGACGAUGUGGAUGUCUAUGUGGGUGGAAUGCUGGAGUCAUAUGGCCAGCCAGGUGAAUUCUUUAGUACUGUGAUCAAGGAGCAAUUCCGCCGUCUACGUGAUGCCGAUCGUUUCUGGUUUGAGAAUGAACGUAAUGGCAUAUUCACACCCGAGGAGAUUGAAGAAAUAAGAAAGAUUACGCUUUGGGACAUUAUAGUCAAUAGCACAGAUAUUACUGAGAACGAAAUACAAAAAGAUGUUUUCAUGUGGCGCACCGGAGAUCCAUGUCCACAGCCAAUGCAAUUGAAUGCCACCGAAUUGGAACCCUGCACCUAUUUGGAGGGCUAUGACUACUUCUCUGGUUCGGAACUGAUGUUCAUCUAUGUAUGCGUAUUCCUCGGAUUUGUGCCCAUUCUUUGCGCUGGAGCUGGUUAUUGUGUUGUCAAGCUGCAAAACAGUAAGCGCAGAAGAUUAAAGAUCAGGCAAGAGGCAUUGAGGGCGCCACAACACAAGGGAUCGGUGGAUAAAAUGUUGGCCAGGGAAUGGUUACAUGCGAAUCACAAGCGAUUGGUAACAGUGAAAUUUGGACCCGAAGCGGCCAUCUAUACGGUCGACAGAAAGGGAGAGAAAUUAAGAACAUUUGCUCUACAACAUGUGGAUGUGGUCAGUGUCGAGGAAUCGGCCACGAAUCAUAUCAAGAAGAAACCAUAUAUCCUACUAAGAGUGCCCAGUGAUCAUGAUUUAGUCUUGGAACUAGAAUCCUAUGGAGCCAGAAGGAAGUUUGUGAAAAAAUUAGAAGACUUUCUGCUGUUGCAUAAAAAGGAGAUGACUCUAAUGGAAGUGAAUCGUGACAUUAUGUUGGCCCGUGCCGAAACACGUGAGCGUAGACAAAAGCGUCUGGAGUACUUCUUUCGCGAAGCUUACGCCUUGACCUUUGGCCUGCGACCAGGUGAACGACGACGACGCUCCGAUGCCUCCAGCGAUGGUGAAGUGAUGACUGUGAUGCGCACCAGCUUAUCCAAGGCAGAAUUUGCCGCUGCAUUGGGCAUGAAACCCAAUGAUAUGUUUGUGCGCAAAAUGUUUAAUAUUGUGGAUAAAGAUCAGGAUGGUAGAAUUAGUUUCCAAGAGUUCUUAGAGACUGUGGUGCUCUUCUCUAGAGGUAAAACCGAUGAUAAGCUUCGCAUUAUCUUUGAUAUGUGUGACAAUGACCGCAAUGGAGUCAUUGACAAGGGUGAACUGAGUGAAAUGAUGCGUUCUUUGGUGGAGAUUGCCAGAACUACCAGUCUAGGUGAUGAUCAGGUUACCGAAUUGAUUGAUGGCAUGUUCCAGGAUGUGGGAUUAGAGCAUAAAAACCACUUGACCUAUCAGGACUUUAAGCUCAUGAUGAAGGAAUACAAGGGUGACUUUGUCGCUAUAGGUUUGGAUUGCAAGGGAGCCAAGCAAAACUUUUUGGAUACUUCAACGAAUGUGGCCCGCAUGACUUCAUUCAAUAUUGAGCCAAUGCAGGACAAGCCAAGGCAUUGGAUUCUGGCCAAAUGGGAUGCCUACAUAACGUUUCUUGAGGAAAAUCGGCAAAAUAUCUUUUAUCUAUUUCUCUUCUAUGUGGUCACAAUUGUUUUGUUUGUGGAACGUUUUAUUCAUUACUCAUUUAUGGCCGAGCAUACGGAUUUAAGGCAUAUUAUGGGUGUGGGUAUUGCCAUUACCAGAGGAUCGGCAGCUUCCUUAUCUUUUUGCUAUUCGCUGCUUCUGCUGACCAUGUCUAGAAAUUUGAUAACCAAACUUAAAGAGUUUCCCAUUCAACAAUACAUACCCUUGGACUCUCACAUUCAAUUCCAUAAGAUUGCUGCCUGUACAGCUCUCUUCUUCUCCGUGCUUCAUACUGUGGGUCACAUAGUCAAUUUCUAUCAUGUCUCCACGCAAUCGCAUGAGAAUUUACGCUGUUUGACCCGGGAAGUUCACUUUGCCUCCGACUACAAGCCCGAUAUUACCUUCUGGCUGUUCCAGACGGUCACUGGCACCACUGGCGUUAUGUUGUUCAUCAUUAUGUGCAUUAUCUUUGUGUUUGCUCAUCCCACCAUUAGAAAGAAGGCUUACAAAUUCUUCUGGAACAUGCAUACACUCUAUAUAGGACUUUAUUUGCUCAGUUUAAUCCAUGGAUUGGCUCGCCUAACAGGUCCGCCUAGAUUUUGGAUGUUCUUCUUGGGACCGGGAAUAAUCUAUACACUUGAUAAGAUUGUCUCUUUGCGCACCAAGUAUAUGGCCUUGGAUGUUAUCGAUACGGAUCUACUUCCAUCGGAUGUGAUUAAGAUCAAGUUCUAUAGACCACCAAAUCUAAAGUAUUUGUCCGGUCAAUGGGUACGGUUAUCUUGUACCGCCUUUAGGCCACAUGAAAUGCAUAGUUUUACGCUAACCUCGGCACCGCACGAGAAUUGCCUGAGUUGUCACAUUAAGGCCCAAGGACCUUGGACCUGGAAAUUGCGCAAUUAUUUCGAUCCCUGUAAUUACAAUCCAGAAGAUCAGCCAAAAAUACGCAUUGAAGGUCCGUUCGGUGGUGGCAAUCAGGAUUGGUAUAAAUUCGAAGUGGCUGUCAUGGUUGGUGGUGGCAUCGGUGUCACUCCCUAUGCUUCCAUUCUCAACGAUCUGGUCUUUGGCACCAGCACAAAUCGUUAUUCUGGUGUGGCCUGUAAAAAGGUAUACUUUUUAUGGAUUUGUCCAUCACACAAGCAUUUUGAAUGGUUCAUCGAUGUGCUGAGAGAUGUCGAGAAGAAGGAUGUGACGAAUGUCUUGGAGAUUCAUAUAUUUAUAACACAAUUCUUUCAUAAGUUCGAUCUAAGAACAACCAUGCUGUACAUUUGUGAGAAUCAUUUCCAGCGGCUGUCAAAAACCUCCAUAUUCACAGGUCUCAAGGCAGUCAAUCACUUUGGACGACCAGAUAUGUCCAGUUUUCUGAAGUUCGUCCAAAAGAAGCACUCCUAUGUGUCUAAAAUAGGUGUCUUCUCUUGCGGUCCGCGACCGCUUACCAAAAGUGUUAUGUCUGCCUGUGAUGAAGUGAAUAAAACACGCAAAUUGCCUUAUUUCAUUCACCAUUUCGAGAACUUUGGUUAAGUUAUACAUUCAAUACAAUAGAUGAGAUGAAGAAUGAUUAGAAGAACCAUAAACUCUGCCUUCUGUCUAAUUUUUCGAAAAACAAAAACCAUACACUUAUAAGUUUCAUUCAUUUCUAGUUAAGUCAAAUUUUUGUAUUCAAUCAUAAUUUAGUCAAGGUUUUUCUUUAGUGCAUUAUAAAAAAAUUUCAACGCAAAACCACAAAAAAAAAAAAAACCAACAAACAAAAAACACACGGCCUGUACUUGAGAUAUGUAUAUGUGAAAUGUAUGUAUGUAAUAUGUAUGUAUUUAUUGAAAAUAAUGAUUAUGAUUUGUUAUCAGUUUUUGUAAA